CUCAGACCUCUCAGCCACCGCUGCUGCUUCGUGACCACACCAGAGUUCGGUGCCCUGAAGCUCCCGGAGAGAGUGCGCUGUCCGCCGCCGCGAUGACAGCAUCUCCAGCUCCACUCCCGGCUCUGGCGGCCCAGCAGCCCACAGUCCAGGGCCUGUCGCAGAUCACCAGCUGCCUAUUUGUCAGCAACGCUGCGGCUGCCAACAACAAGAGCCUUCUGUCCAGCAACAACAUCACCACGGUCAUCAACGUCUCGGCGGAGGUGGUCAACAUCCUUUUUGAGAACGUCCACUACGUGCAGGUGCCGGUGACCGACUCUCCAAACUCGCGCCUCUACGAUUUCUUCGACCCGAUCGCAGAUCACAUCCACAACGUGGAGAUGAAGCAGGGCCGCACGCUGCUGCACUGCGCCGCGGGGGUGAGCCGCUCGGUGACGCUCUGCCUGGCCUACUUGAUGAAGUACCACUCCAUGUCGCUGCUGGACGCCCACACCUGGACCAAGUCGUGCCGCCCCAUCAUACGUCCCAACAACGGCUUCUGGGAGCAGCUCAUCCACUACGAGUUCAAGCUGUUCAGCAAGAACACAGUGCGCAUGGUCAACUCCCGCGUGGGCCUGAUCCCUGACAUCUACCAGAAGGGGUCCGAGUGAUGAUGCCGUAGGGGCUGGCCGCUGACAUCUGCUGACCGGACGACGGCAACCCUGAACCUGAACUUUGAACCUUAGCUGGUACAGAAACCUGGAUGGAGCUGUUUCGAAGGGCAAGCCAAAGGGAAGGGCUAUUGGACUUUUUAGCUGAGUAAGGUUUAGCUUUAAAGAAUAAAAUUCAUUCAUUGUGACAUA